AUGUCGAUGGAGCUUCCAGACGAGUUGCGCGGAACAAAGCGCAAGCGCGAGGGCCAGGCUCGCAGACGGGCAUCACUUGCGUGCGAUACCUGCCGUAGACAAAAGGAGAAGUGCGAAGGUGGCCCUCCGUGCUGGCGCUGUCAGAGAUUAGGCCGGCCAUGUCAUUUUCAAGAAGCGGCUCCAGCGAAUCGGAAAUUCAUACAUUCGACGCCGAAAGACCUUGCGAUGAUCCCAUCAGGCGACAGUGACCAGCGUGUACAGAACUUGGAGCGCAUUGUACGGCAUUUCUUAGGCGAUAUACCUCUGGACGAGGAGAGUGUUGGUCGCAUCGCUGCGAAGUGUAGAGUCGAGGAUGAUGAGCUAGAGGCCUCGCUGGACGUGAACGAAUCAUUCGACGUCCAGUUCAUCUCCGGGAAUGUCGCAUUUUAUUCGGGAGAGUUCUCGCAUUGGAAUUUCUCGGAGAAGUUGCGACGGAGUGAAACAAUACUGGCGAGCGACCCAUCUCCAAUCCCCCGUCCAAAUCGUCACCGAGGCAAUGGCCCAUCUUCCCCGCGACCAAUCGCCGAGUUCCUGAUCCACGUGUUUUUUAAGUAUGUCGAAGUGAAUACCUUCUACCUGGAGCGCCGGUGGAUCGAAAAUAAACUCCGCCUCUGCUAUAACCCUGCCACGGAAUUCACCGCAAGCGACAUCCCCUGGGUGUGCUCCUUUUUCGCCGUCUUAGCGAUCGGGACACAGGUGGCUCAUAUGGAGGAAAGCCAAGCGAGACCCGAUCCUACUUCACCGGCCUCGGAAGAAAUCACUGUCUGCUCGGAAGACUCAGUCGGGUUGGAUUUCUAUCGCAUGGCCUCCCGGCUGGUCCCAGACGUGAUUCUUGCCGCCUCGUAUGAAAGCGUUCAGGCUUUCCUCUUGCUUGCAAUCUACGGUCUGCCUGUUUCUACAGGGGGUCUCUCGUACACGUAUUUUGGGCUUGCGAUGAAGAUGGCAAUCCAGAAUGGCAUGCAUCGGAAAUACGCGGGGACGGAUUGCGACCCGAGGACUGUGGAACUUAGGAAUCGUCUCUUCUGGACGGUUUAUUCGCUUGAACGACGAAUCAGUAUCAUGCAUGGGCGUCCUACUUCUCUCUCGCGGUCGGAGAUCAAUGCCGACUUGCCGACCGACUGUCCUACGUUCGAGUCGCCAAACUUUGCUAACGCGAUCGCAUUCAUCGAAUUGGUGAUGUGGACUGGGGAGGUAGCUGAAACUUUAAACCAAUUCAAGAAGUGCCCGAAGAGGCUCCUUCUGGAAUAUUCGGAACGCCUCUUGCAGCUCAAGUCAAAUAUCCAGUCUUGGUGGAACUCGGUUCCCAUCGACCUGGAGGAUCUCGAGAAGAAGCCUGACCAACCCCUUUUCCGGCAGAAGGUCCAUUUGAAACUAUGCUACCUCAGCAUAUACAUUUACAUGGGCCGUCCAUUCAUUUUCAAAGAAAAUAACCAAGCGACCCAUUCCGGCGAAGGCCAAAAUGCUGGAAAAGAACAUCGCUCAGAACUUGUUCAAGACUGCGUGAAGAGCGCGCUGGGCACCCUGGACCUGCUGCAGUCACUUUCAAAUCACGUUGGAUUAUGUCGAGCGUCAUAUACGGAGUUCAGUUCCUGCCGGGCGGCAAUUCUCGUGAUCCUAGCCGAGUGUCUGAAUUCGGGAAACUCCCCAGAGCUUCAAGGGGGCUUAGAUCGGGGAAUGGUCCUGAUUCGCCAGAUGAUAGGAGGAACGGCUUCCGAGUCGGAGAUCUCAUACAUCGAGUCUAUCGAAGCCGCUAUUCGCGAGCUGUCUUCGAACGAGAAUCCUGCCUCGGCCGAGUCUAGCGCAGAGUCCUGCUCGUCUGCUACUGCCUACGCGAAGUUCAAGGACUGGACCCAAUCGAUGAAAAAGGACAAGAAUGCUAUGCACACCACAGAGCUAUCAUCUUUCAGCCCAGUAUCGCAUUUAACGGCCAGGACGGACAAUACCUUUCCCGACUUAGCAGAUAUAUUUGAGCAUGACUGGCCAGCUAAUGAGCUGGGGCUAGCACCGGAACUCUUCUUGGAUUCAACGACAUAG